GGACAGACACUCUCAGCAGUGGCUGGAGAAGAACGUGCAGCAGCUCCUGACCUGCAGGGCGUUUCAAGGAGCAGCCAUGUCUACCCUGUACCCAUCUCUGGAGGACCUGAAGGUGGACCAAGCCAUUCAGGCCCAGGCCAGAGCCACACCCAAGAUGCCCACUAUGCCCACGCAGGAGACAGCUGUCCCCCAGCCUCCAGUGUUGUACCCAAACCUGGCAGAACUGGAAAAUUAUAUGGGUCUUUCCCUCUCCAGCCAAGAAGUCCAACAGAACCUGCCUCGGACUCCGGACGCUGCCAGUAUGGUGGUCUCGAGCCCGUCUCUGGGUCAGGUGGUGGCGCCGGUGUCCGGGAACAGCCUGGGUGUGCGGCGUGCUGAGAUCAAGCCCGGGGUGCGGGAGAUCCAUCUAUGCAAGGACGAGCGUGGCAAGACCGGGCUGCAGCUGCGGGCCAUUGACAAGGGGCUCUUUGUGCAGUUGGUACGGGCCAACACCCCCGCAUCCCUUGUGGGGCUGCGCUUUGGAGACCAGAUCCUGCAGAUCGAUGGGCGUGACUGUGCUGGGUGGAGCACCGACAAAGCCCACCGGGCAGUGAAGAAGGCAUCGGCCGAGAGGAUUGUCAUGGUUGUUCGGGACAGGCCGUUCCAGCGGAUUGUCACCAUGCACAAGGACAGCACUGGCCACAUUGGCUUCGUCAUCAAGAAGGGGAAGGUGGUGUCUAUAGUCAAAGGGAGUUCCGCGGCCCGCAACGGGCUCCUCACCAACCACUACGUGUGUGAAGUGAAUGGGCAGAAUGUCAUCGGGCUGAAGGACAAAAAGGUCACAGAGAUCCUGGCCACGGCCGGGAACGUCGUCACCCUGACCAUCAUCCCGACCGUGAUCUACGAGCACAUGAUCAAAAAGUUGUCCCCGACCCUGCUCCACCACAGCAUGGACCACUCCGUCCCAGAUGUCUGAAGUCACAGGAGGGC